CAAAAGUUCUACAAAACAAGAGGUGACAAGAAUAUUUUAUUUUAUCAAAUGCUUAAUAAAAUCACGUAAACAAACAAAAGUUAUCGAGAGGAGAAAGAAAGAAAAAUUUAUUAACAUGCAAUCCACUUGAUGGAAAUCGCUUUUUCGGGGUAUCAAUCCGACGAACUUGGUACCGGGUUGGCACUGCAUCGAAUAACGAAAUCUAGAAAAUAAAUAAAUAAAUAAAGCGGAGAGAAAGUCUACAGGCACAUCUUACAUAAUGAUCAUUUGGGUCCGGAGUAAUAUCUUAAAGAUGGAAAGUUGGGAUAUGAUCGACAACUAACGCAAACCACAGAGGCGCAGAAGCUGGAAGGAGAGAGCCGACUGCUGAGAACGCCGCCGAAAUAAUUCAAUAGCUAUGGGUCCUAAACAUCUAUCCGGUAGUCAAAAACAUAAAAAGAGAAAACGAGAUGAAGAUUGAGAAAACUAUAUUUAGGGCCUUUUUUUAUCUCGGCCCAAGCCGUUGAAUUCUCAGGACCGGCCAUGCUUUAGUCCUCCUCCUAGCUAAGGCUGUCUGUAGUCCACCACGAAGAGCUUCCGUAAGCUGAGGUGAUUUUGCCACAUUGGCAGUGAACAUCGCUCCUCCAUCCUGCGUGAUCUGCAUGAGAAGAGUCACCGUGGGCACGACUACGAAAUUGGGAAGGCAGUACUCAAGGCAGGAUCCCAGAGGGGGUGUAAUACUGAAAUUCCAUGCGAAAAUGAACUGAAAGCUGCAUAGAUCAUAGUGACUUAAACUUUACACCCUUCCUUCUAUCACUUUCUACACCGUCGAUACCAUGGCGGAGCUGGACCCUUCCGCUGCUACGUCAUCGAGCAUAUUCUUUCAGAACAAAUUUCCUCCACCGGACGACACAGUGUUCUUCUCCAUCUUUCCCGACUUUUCUGUACACUCCCCUACUUCCCCUACGAUCAGUUCCGAACUUCAGGCUCUCCACCUCCAGAUCAUCCAGAUCAUAUCUGCUUUCACCUCCAACUACAUAUGGCAACAUGAACCCUUCGAUCUAUGCCUCUCAACUACUUCCCCGCCCCACCUCGGUGGCAAGGUCCGCUUUGGCGAUAACCUUGAAGAUGAAUGGUUUGUGGUAUUCCUCCUGUUCGAAAUUUCUAGAAACUUCAGGAACCUCUCAAUUCGCGUUUGGGACAGCGAUGGUGAGUUCCUACUCAUUGAAACUGCCUUCCACCUCCCUCGGUGGCUCAACCCCGACACCGCCAGUAAUCGCGUUUUUAUCCGGUGUGGUGGCCUUCACAUUAUUCCCAAAUCCAUCUUCCCUGACACCCCAAACAUUCAAGACGCUCUUAGGUUUUUAAUAGAUGGAAAGAAGACCAAAGCCCCAGAGCCCGUGCAACUUCAAUUGGAGAAUAGGUUGAAACAGUACCCCAUGAGAGCAGAGAAGAACAUGCAGAGAGUUAGGGUUAGAGUCCCGUUAUCUGUUGCACAAGUGUUGAAGCAUGAGCCGUGCUUAAUUUCACUAGCUGUGGAGGGGUUUUAUGACAGGGAUAUUGAUACAAUGAAGUUUGCGGCUAAGAUGGAGAGGUUUCUGAUGAAUAGAAGUGGGGAAGAACUGGUGCAGGUGGUUGUGAGGAUGUCGAGGGCAAUGUAUGCCCAAUUGGUACAGCAGACCUUCCAAGCCCCUAAAUGCUACCCGCCAUUGCCUCCUAGAACUGACUUGGGAACAUAUUUGGAGGCUGAGCUGGGGAUGAAGAUUGCAUGUGGAUUUGAGAUGAUGUACCAGUUAAGGAAGAGACAGGGAAUGGAGGGGAAAGGGAGGACAUGGGAGGCUUUCCUAAGCAGUCUGGAAAAGAGUGGGUAUUUUGAAGGGUUGAUGCCAGGGUCCCAGGAGUACAAGAGAUUGAUGCAGAAUGCCGAAGAGUACUACAGGAACAGCUCAUUGCAAGCCAGAACAAGCGAGGUGUUGAGUGUUCCAGUAAGACGCAUAGACGAGAUUCUUGCUCUUCCUCAUUCUGUGGAUGAUUUUAAGAAUCAGCAACUACCACCAUCAGAUGAUGACUCGUGGCUUUAUGGGGGAGAAGAUGAGCUAAAUGCUGUUCUUCAAGAGAGGCAACAGGAGAUGGAAGACUACAAUUCAAAGCAUAAAAAGAAACAAAAUUCAAAAAAAAAUCAGGAUAGUUCAGACAAGCUAGAUGAUUACAAUCUUAGGAACAUCUCAGAAUCCAUGCAAGCUUUUGUCAAGAAGAUGUCAAGCUACAAAGGAGCAAAGGUUCCAAAAAGUAGCCUAAGAGAUGUGGACUUUGACGUGGAUCGGUUUAUGCAAGACAUUGGUUCCUUGGCUAGGCAAUCAGACUCAAAAGACAAUGACAGCGAGUGUGAUACUGAAGAACAAUCAAAUUCUGACAUGGAAUUCGAUGAAUCUGAUGAUAAAAGUGAUGCUGAAGAUAAUGACAUGGAAGGGGAUCCUUUUAUGGAGUCCUAUUCACACACUUUAAAUGAGGAACUGAAAGGCACUUCACUUGGUAAAAGCUUUGCUCGAACAGAUGGAAACCAUCUCAAGAAAGAUGAGGGAAUAUCUGGUGCUAGUGCAGAAGGGAUGGAGGAGGAAGAGUUGAGGCCUGUGGAUGUGGAUUUAAACCUUGUGAUGAACCUUCUUGAUUCAUUUUCUUCUCAGCAAGGACUUCCCGGUCCAGCUUCCAACUUGAUGGGGCUCAUGGGUCUACGAUUCCCAGAGGAUUCGAAGAGUACUACUAAAGACAAGUAAGUUCUGUACUUUAGAGUUCAAUUCGGGAUCAUAAACGCACUACAUCUCUUUGUUUUAAACAAAAAAACACACAGAUUGGUUCAUGCUGGGAAGGAGCAUUGUGCUUUUGGGAUACUUGGUUUGCCCGAUUUGAUAUUUUCACACUUAUUCAGAUGAGGAAUAUGUACACACCAAAAUUUGAAAACAGUAAUUAACAAUGCUGUUCCCUUUCCUCCGAUAGCUAACCCCUGAAAUCUAAACAUCGCUCAGGGUUGGCCUUCUCGCAAUCUUUUUCUUUGUUUUUUUUUCCCGAUUGGUGGAACCAGAAAAAGUUGCAUUAAAUAAAUACUAAAUAA